UUCCGGGUUCACGGGAGCAGCAUGGCGGCGUCCAUCGGUGUCCAUCUGGAAUUCAGAGGUGGUGCUGAGCUGCUCUUCAAUGGGGUGAAAGAGCAACAUGUCACAUUGCCGAACCAGUCAACACCAUGGGAUAUUCGACAGCUUCUGAUGUGGAUCAAAACCAAUCUGCUGAAGGAUCGGCCAGAACUUUUCAUUCAAGGUGACACUGUGAGGCCCGGCAUCCUGGUCCUGAUCAACGACUCCGACUGGGAAUUGAUGGGCCAAUUGGAUUAUACACUAGAAGACCGAGAUAACGUUGUGUUUAUAUCAACUUUACACGGUGGUUAAAAGAACAUUAUUUUAAAACGGCGAGAGGUUCUCUGUGACAAGAUCUAAUCGUGGUUUACCGUAUCGCAGUAAAGGGACGCUCUUCUCACAGUUAUGCGGAUCUACUCUGUGUAAUUUACAAAGCGUUUGACCUCUACUACAUUAGGAUUACGGCCAAAACCGAGGAAAUUAGUUUUUAAGUAUAGAUCGUAAGCUAGAAAAUAAAAUAAGCUUCUAUGAUCCUUAAAGUCCUUAAUCCCUUCUUCACAAAAUAAUAAUUCCGUCAAAUUAUAAAGCAAUAAAGUUGCAUGUUUUAGCAUAAUCGAGUCAACCCCACAAGGAUUAACAACGAAAAUCUCAAAAUUCAACGAAUAUGAUACAUUUUAAAGACUAUUUCUGUUGUUUUUCUAUUUUCUUAUUUUUGUUGUAAAUUAAUAUUAAAUAACGAAUCUUGGACGAAACUGUACGCAAUUUAUCCUUUCGUGUUCUUCCACGUUAUUUUGUUACAUUUCUCUCUCUUCCCCCCCCUCCCCCUCCCUCCCCCUUUCCUAAACACAUCCGCACACACAUAGAAACUGUCCAAAAUCAGUACUAAGGUCCGUGGGGUGAAACACAAUUUACAGCGCAAUGAUCUCUAAUUAAAGAUAUUGGUCAACGGAAAUUCCUGAAACAGAUCCCCUUCCCUGCACCUGCCUUUUAGUUGACUCCGGGCCCAAAGCCGCAGUAUACCGUAACUGCACGCUUCUAACUUACAUUCUUUCAUAUAUGUAUUGAAAAAUAGUGGAACACCAUCGGGCGCUCAAACCUAUGAGAAUUAACUGGCAAAUUUCGGAGUUAAAUGUCGUCGUGGAAAACGGCUUUUGUGAACGAUUAGAGGCACGAUACUUUUUACCAAUACCUGUUCGGCAGUGCUGAAUAUAACUCGUACUUCUACACUAAUAUUAACUUGAAAAUAGAGCUGUACCCCAUAGGAAAAAGUUGGGUUGGGAUGGGGGUUGAACAGGUGCUAUUAAGUUUCGUAGCAACGUCAGAAUAUUUUAUUAAUUUAAGUAAAUAUAUACAGAUCACAUUACAGGUCUCCACAGAUAAUCCAAUGCAGAAUAAAUGAACCUGCUCAUUUGCUACAAAGUCUUGAAUUAUAUACAAAAAAGGUAACAAUUUAUCGAAUACAAAGAUGUAUCUAAACGAAUUUAACCUAAAUGUUCCUAGUUGUUACAGUAAUUUAAACUCGUUAUUGUGAUUGUACAUUAAGACAUAAUUUAUAAACGCGAUUUUAUAUAGCUGUUCGGUUUUAAAACUAUCUUUUUUUACAUGUAACCCACUUGCAAAACAGAAGAUGUAAACACAUAGCUGGAUUUUAUGUUUGCUCCAGUGUAGUGCCGGUUCAAUUUACCAGCUGUGAUCACUCCUUCAGUGUUUUGGUACGAAACAUGUUUUCAAAAUUCGGAAAAUCCCAUUUGUUUCCUCUUUGGCUCUGCUGAGGAUUCUCCAUCCCGCGGUUCCGCUUAGUUAAACCCGUUUUAUCCCUCUCUCCGGUUCUGAACAUAAACUGGAGUUGUUUCUUUAAUAUAUAUAUAUAUGUGUGUGUGUGUGUACUUCUUUUUCCUCUCAUUAAUGUGGACGAAAGCAGAAUGUGAAAAUCCAGCUACGGAUGUCCAUCCACAAUUCUCGGGGUCCGACUAGUGAAAGCACAAGAAUUGCGUUUGGACAAUCAAUAGCGAGAAUUUCUUCUUUUUUUCCCGGAGGCAGCAUUU